AUGGCCUUCGAACGGAUCUGUCUCAUCGGCGCCUCGGGCAACCUAGGCCGCCUGAUCCUCAAACACCUUUUGGCGUCCCCGCAAAAUUUCCAUGUCAGUGUUCUAUCACGCAAUUCGUCUCCGGCGAAAUUCCCAGAUGGUGUAACUGUGGUCCGCGUCGCCGACGACUACCCCGUGGCAGAACUCACGAGGACAUUCAAGGACAAUAGUAUUGAUGUGGUCAUCUCGGCGAUAUCCAUGAUGGGCAUGCACGAACAGUACAAGUUCAUCGAGGCGUGCCUGGGCGCGGGUGUGAAGCGGUAUUUCCCCACAGAGUUCGGGCUUGAUGAUCUGCCGGAUUGGUUGUUGCAGUUACGGGACAUGUUCAAGAUCAAGCACGACGUGCGCGACUACUUGAUCUCCAAGCAAGACACGGGGCUGGAGUGGACCAGUAUCUGCUGCAACGCCUUUUUCGAGAUGGGCAUCGCUUCGGGGUUUUUCCAGCUGGACUGGAAAUCUAAGAAAGCCGUGCUGGUCGAUGGUGGGGAGCCAAAGUUUGUGGCCACGACGCUGGAUACGGUUGCGUUGGCGGUCGUCAAGGCAAUUGAGAAGCCCGAGGUCUCAAAAAACCGGAUUCUGUUGGUCCAGGAUUUCAGGACGAGCCAAAGGGAGAUUUUGGACGCCGUGCAGCAGAAAGUUCCUGGGUGGCAGGUGGAGAAUGUUGAAUACGGAUCGUGGCUGGAGAAGGGCAAGGAGCAGGUCAGGAGCGGCGAUAAUAGCGCACUGCCAAAGUUGACUUUUGGCACGUUCGCUCAGGGAAAUCAGUACGAAGGGAGGCCAGAGUUUGGGAAUCAGGUGUUGGGUCUGCCGACCAAAUCCUUCUCGGAAGCCAUGGGGAUUUUCUGGGACGAAUACGGCGGUCAGCUGAAAGUCUAA